AAGGGGUGGCUGCCUGCUCAGUGCUGUUCCGCCAAAGGCCCAGAUUCUUUGAGGGGUGGCAGAUGAGGUCCCGAACAGCUGGGCUGUGGAAAGCCUGGGGGCAGCUGAGGGUGAGGUGUUUCUCACGGGGGCAGCCGGUGACUCAACAGGAACGUGGUGCUCAUGAGGCCACGCCUCCUGCUUCCUGCCUUGGAAUCACAUGAAAAUGAGCCGCGGGUGGGUCAGCAGGCCAGGGCCCUCCAGGGAGAGGAUGGGCCGUCAGUGCAGGCCUGUGGGCAGGGGCGUGGGGCGCACACACGCGCCUGGGUGACCUCAGUAUAGACAGAGCCUCCCGGGCCCUCCUGUCCAGAGUCCUGAAAGGACGACCUUCGGGUCCAGCCCUGUCUCUCUGUCACCCAGGCUGCAGCCCGGCCUGGGGCUGCAGGGGUGGAGACCACUCUGAAGAGGCGGCCUUUCUCCCGGUUUUCUCGCAUUCUGAUUCUUGGCUCCUUGGCUCCAGAUGCAGGAUGCUAUCCUUUCCCUGCACGCUGGCUUGCUCACAGACUUGCUCCCGGAUUCUAGGGCUGAGCCUUGGGACUGCAGCCCUGUUCGCUGCUGGGGCCAACAUGGCACUCCUCUUUCCUAACUGGGAUGUGACCUACCUGUUGAGGGGCCUCAUUGGCAGGCAUGCCAUGCUGGGAACUGGGCUCUGGGGAGGAGGCCUCAUGGUACUCACUGCAGCUGUCCUCAUCUCGACGGGCUGGAGAUACGGCUGCUUCAGGAAGAGUGGGCUCUGUCGAAGCGUGUUCGCUGGUCUGCUGUCAAGUGGCCUGGCUUUAUUUGGAGCCCUGAUUUGCUUUGUCACUUCUGGAGUUGCUCUGAAGGAUGGUCCUUUUUGCAUAUUUGAUGUCUCAUCCUUCAAUCAGACACAAGCUUGGAAAUAUGGUUACCCAUUCGAAGACCUGCACAGUAGGAAUUAUCUGUAUGACCGUUCGCUCUGGAACUCCGUCUGCCUGGAACCCUCUAAAGCUGUUUUCUGGCAUGUGGCCUUCUUCUCCACCCUUCUGUGCGUCAGCCUGCUCCAGCUUCUUCUGGUGGUCGUUCACGUCAUCAACAGCUUCCUGGGCCUUUUCUGCAGCCUCUGCGAGAAGUGACAGGCCGUAUCUUCACGUUCAAGCAUGGGUGUUUUCAUCAUGGGCCGCCUUGAGUCCUCUCUACAAGGAGUGGGUACAAAUUACCAACAAACUUCCCCUUUAGGCAUCUCUGGAAUAAUGAUAACAAAAUUCACUGCAUGUAGGUUGAAUAAUAAAAUGCAUUUUAAAUCACGUUGUGAACUUCCAGGUGAUGCAUGGAUAGGAUAAAUAAUUAAGUCAUUAUAAAUGUGUAAGAAUUUAUAGUCCAUAAAAUGUCCUCCAGC